CGACGCGUGCACACACUCACCAACCUUCCUUGACAAUAACACCAAGAAACAAACAAUUCGCCGAAAUACAAAGGAACCAAAGCAACACAAAGCCCAACCUUCCAUCUCUCCUGUCCCCCCAAAACUCAGCUGGGACAACCAAAAAAAUAAAAUAAAUAAAUAAAUUAAAAAAAGAAAAGAAAAGGAAACGCCAGGAGAAAGGGUGCUGAAACGUCACAUCUCCCAUCCUAAAAAGCACUCACAAAAAUAAAUAAAUAAAUAAAAAAAAAAAAAAAAAAAUUAUUCAAUUUAAAAUUAAAAAGACACACCCGAAAACAAUGACUUUCUUUCGCAUCACCCUCAUCCGCUCCGCCAUCGGUCUCCCACGCCGUACCCACGGCGUCCUCAAAGCCCUCGGCCUCAAGAAGCGCAUGGCCACCGUCUUCCACCCGGUAUCCCAGGACGUCGCCGGUCAGAUCAUGAAGGUCAAGGAGCUCGUCGCAGUGCAGGAAGUCGACAAGCCGCUCACGCAGGAGGAGCUGCACUGGUCGCGCAAACCCGAUCCGGGGUACUAUAUCGAGAAGAGGGCGGCGGAGGCGUUCAGAGAGAAGAGGGAUGUGUAAGGAGGGGGGAGAGAAAAAAAGGGGAAAUGGUUAGCCCUUCCUUCCUUCCUUCCGCGCGCAGCAGGGCUGGAUGGCACGAUGAGGAAUGCAGCGAUGGAUUUUUUUGGGGGGUGGGGAUAUACCUGUUUUACGAUGGUGGGAAUAUCGAAGAGACGGCGGGCGACCCUGUUAGAGAGAGGAGGCCCGAUUUGGGCAGCCGAUAAUCCCACGGUACUCGUGUUGGAGAAUAGCAUAGAUGCUCGGGGGUUUGCGGUCAUGGUCCUUCGAACCGUAAGUGCUUCAAAUGCCAACCAGAUUUUGAUAGAAGAGGGAGCAGCAAGGAUCGAUUGUCUUACCGCUUAUAUCUUGACCUCAGCAAGUCGCCACAGGUUCUGUUGUACUCUUACUGUAUAUUAGAAGCUAUAUCGCGAUGAGCGUGCUGAAGUUGCUUUUUUUUUUUUAAAAAAAUUUAUUUCAUGUAUCAUAAAUUUUGUGUCUCAGGCCUUGUACAAUUCUACCUCCCAAAGGAGUGUAUUCUCAG